CCCUACUUCCUCCCCUUUCUCAUUUCCUGCCAUGCACCCCUACGCACUUGCUCUUACUCUUUGUCUUCCCUCAUCCUUGUCUCCCUUUGAAGACUCAGCCCCUCCCUCCCUCCAAGAAACCUUCUGAACUCUUUCAAGGGGAAAGUGGCACCACGCCCCCCCCCGCCCCCCGUGGGGCCUUUCAGCCUCCAGGCCUCCUGGACCACUGGGCUCACAGGUCCAACCCCCCCUACUUCCCUUUGGCUUUUUCUGUGAGCCCUGGAGCCUAGGCCUCCUCCUUUUCGUCUUUAACCGUAAGCUCCAUUGAGGGCAUUGCUUCCCGACUCUCCCAACACCUUGCCCAGCACUGGCGAAUAACAGGUGCUAGGAAAGGUGGAUGAAGAGGCUGGGCUUAAAGGGAAGCCACUUGGUUUAAGGGCUCUUUGCUUCCUAGGUGGGGAGGGCAAGGGGGAGCCUGUGUGUGGGCGGGGAGUUCUGUUUGGGCCUCUGCUGGAUGGGCCUCGUGGGUUCUCCAACACUUCAUCCUUCCCUAGCCAUCGAGCUCAUCAAGGACCUGGUCAACUAUGACGUGCGCAAGACUCUGCUCCAGGGCCUUGUGGCGCUGCUGAUACCGUCCGUCAAGGAGACCUCCAAACUGCAGCCCAAGAUCCUCAACGGUAGGGGAAGCGAGGGGGCGGCUGGGCAUCAGGGCUUCCGGGAGAGUGGAGGUUCUUCCUGCUUCACGGCCGCUCCCUCCCCAGACUCCACGGUGCUCCAGCUCACCGCCCACCUGCCGGUGUUUUUGCAGCAGGCCGCGGCCGCCAAGGCCAUCGGGGUCCUGGCACGCAGCAACCUAAGCAUCGCCGAAGAGCUGCUGCAUUUGCGCGUGGUGCACAGUCUGAUGGCCGCUAUGGGCAACACCGACCACAGCAACAGCCAGCGGCUGGCUAGUCUCACCCUGGAGUACUUCGUGCAGAUGUUUCCAGUGGUGGAGACGCACGUACGCAGGAGCAUGGGGGAGGAGCUUUACAAUCUCUUCAUCGUAAGUGCCUCCUCCCCUCCGCUGCCACAAAGCAGCAGUUACCUCAGACAGAAUGGCGCCCCCACUAUACCGCCCCUACCCCAGUAUACACCCACACACGGAAUGGGCCUGGUUACCGGCUGCUGGAGGGCCUGUCUUGGCUUGGGCCCCUCUUCUCGGCCUCUUUCUGUUCAUUUUCCUGCCCUUAUGUCAGUUGGGCGCCUGCAGCAUCCUUCUGCCCAAGCCCAGCUCCAAGUCCAGACUGUUCUGGCAUCCCAGCUCUUGCUCCUGUCUUCAGAGCAAUGCCGGGGACUUGUACACGAAAAUGGACAGCAUUCAGGCGGACAUCUUGGCAGCCAACAAAGUCAAUGUUACCAAAGCCUUACACGACUCUGGCAUCUCCAGCAACAUGAGCUUUUACUUUGGCCCUUCUGCAAAUGAGAAUCAUCUGGCCUACAUCACACAUUUCCAGAAAAGGAAUAUGGAAGCAAAGGGGGAACAGAGCCCAUGAGGCAACCGGAGAAAACCAAGGCAGGGAAGCCAGGCAGUAGGAAGGCGCCUGCGCCAAGCUCAAGGUGCUCCACUUGGCCCUAGCUGGGAGGCUGGGGGUUAGGCACCACAGUUGGGGAGAGGGAGAGCUGGCUGGGAAGGGUUCAAUAAACAGUCUUGUUAUCUGUCUAGUUCUCUGUGUGUGGAGGGAGAUGGGAGAUCAAAUGAGAACUAGGGGUACCUCUGCUCACCAAGGAAAAAAGCAGGUCAGGAGGGAAGGGUCACCAACAUCCUGGAAGGUUCCAGGGCAUAGCCUGAGGAGAGGGCCUCACCUGAGCUCCCUGCUGGUCCCAGAAGAAAGUCUAAGACACCACACAUGCCUGUUUUUGUUUUUGUUUUUUUCCCUACCUCUCUGGUUGCUUCCUCUCAUUCUCUUUUGCCAAUUCCAUCUCAACCCAGCCUCCUUCAAGUUGGAUUUCUGCAAGAUUCUGACCUCGAGCCUCCUGUCCUUGAGCCUUUUACACCUUGAUGACCUCAUCUAGUCUCAGAGCUUCAAAUACAAUGUAUAUGCUGUCUCCCACAUUUCUGUUUCCUGCUUAACAUUCCUGCCUCAUGUGUCCAUAUCUGACCUCCUGAUCCAGUGCACCCACAACCUCCCCUGUCUGAACUGAUGGCAACUGUCCUUCCUGUCAGAAUAAAAUAGUGCAGAUCUCCUUGAUGUCUCUAAUGCUCACAUCCUUUCCAUUGGCUCUACCUUCCACAUACAUCCAGAAUCCAACCAUUAUUUCACGACAUUCAUUGCUGAUAGGCACCAUUGUCUCUGUGUUUUCCACCCCCAUUCUCUUUUCAAUUCAGCAACCAGAGAGGUCCUUUUAAACUUUAGGUAAUAUCCCUCUGCUAAAACCCUGCAGUGGCUCUCCAUUUCACUGAGGGUAAAAGCUAAAGUCCUUACUAUUGUCCUCCAAGGCCUUAGGUGAGCUGGUCUCCCAGGACCUCUGAGCUCAUCUCCUACUUCUUUCCCUCUCCUUCACCCUGCUCCAGCCACACUGGCCUCUGGGGCUGUUUCUUGAAGUAGACAAACAAGCUCUUGCCUCAGGUUCACUCUGCCUAGAGCUCUCACCCCAGAUAUCUAUCUGCAUAGCUAACACCUUCACCUCCCUUUAACUCUCCACACACAAGUCACCUCAAUGAAAUGAAAAAACCAAACCCAUUGCUGUUGAGUUGACUCUGACUCCUGGCGAUCCCCAUGUCACAGAGUAGAACUGAUCUCCACAGGAUUUUCUUGGCUAUGCUCUUUACAGAAGCAGAUCACCAGGCCUUUCUUCCAUGGCACCUCUGGAUGAGUUUGAAUCCGCAGCCCUUUGGUUAGCAGCCAAUCACAAACCAUUUGCACCACUCAGGAACCUCCUUCACAAUGAAGGUUGCUCAUUUUUAAAAUAGCAACCCAUCCUGCCACUCCCUGUACCCCGAAUCUCUCUCGCUUUGCUCAGUUUUUUCCAUAGCAUUUACUACCUUAUUUAUUAUGUUUAUUUAUUGUCUGUUUCUCCACCUGAAUGUAAGCUCCACUGUUGUUAGGUGCCCUCAAGUCAGUUUUGACUCAUAUCAGUGCCACGUGACAGAAUAGAACUGCCCCAUAAGGUUUUCUAGGCUGUUAUCUUUACUGGAGCAAAUUGCUGGGUCUUUUUCCCCGAAGAACUGCUGGGUGGGUUCAAACCGCCAACCUUUUGGUUGGUAACCAAGUGCUUAACUGUUGCGCCACUAGGGCUCCUUAAAGUUCCACUAGAGCAAGGAUAUUUGUUUUGUUACUGAUGUACCCUAAACACUUAGAACAGUGGCAUGCAUGCAUGAAUGAAUGAAUGAGUUUAUCUGAGGGAAUUGUCCCCUCCACCUCAAAGGAAAUGUCAGAUGUCAGUAGUGUUCCACAAGCUGCCACGAGGGGGCGUCACCAGAUCUGCUGCUGGUCUAAAGCAACUGGUCUUUACCAAACUGAGAUUUUAAGCCUCAGCCUUCCUCUGUUUGGGCCUGGGGAAAAAAGAAAAGUUAACAAAAUAUAAUUAUAUUUUUCAUAAAGUUAAAUGGAUUUCAUAUUUUAAAGAAGCGUCUUUUAGUUUGAGAUCAGUCAUUGUUGCUUUUUCAGUCCUGAAAUGUCCUUUCUUUUGUAUAAUGGUGGUAAAAAAUGGGCAAUACACUAGGACUUUUUUUCAAUUUUUGAAUUUUGAUUAGUUGGAAAAUCCAAAAACUUGGGAACCACUGGUCUAAGAUGAUCAUAGUUUCGUAAAAACAAUGGAAACUUUUGCAAUGAAAUCUUAAGUAGAAUACAAAUAUCUAAAACAGAUAUACAUGGAAUUUAUUAAUAUAUAUUUUUCCCCAACUUUUUAUUUUAAAAAGUUCAAAGAUGUAGAAAAGUUGAAAGAAUGAUACAGUGAAUUUCUAUUUAUCUGUAUACCCUUUGACACAUUUGCUUUAAUCUCUGUGUGUGUGUUUGUUGAGCUAUUUGAACGUUUCAGAUACUGUGACAUUUCACUGAUAAAUACUUCACAUUACUUUUGACAAUGGAAGCAAGAGGUUAGAAUGACUUGAGAAGGGACAAUGACUUGAGAGGUUAGAAUGACUUGAGAAGCAAGAGGUUAGAAUGACUUGAGAUGUGACAAUGGAAGCAAGAGGUUAGAAUGACUUGAGAAGGGACCACAAGCCAAGGAAUGUAGGCUGCUUCUGAAAGCUGAAAAAGGCAAGGAAGUGGAUCCUCCCCUAAAGCCUCUAGAAGGAAUGCAGUCCUCCUGACACCCUAAUUUUAGACCUCUGACCUCCAGAACUGUAAAAAUAAAUGUGUUGUUUUAAGACACUAAAUUUGUGUAAUUUGUUACAGUAGCAACAAGAAAACACAUUAAUUCAAUAAUAUCUAAAAUAGAGUACAUGUUCACAUUUCCCUAAUCAUCCCAAAAACAUACUUUCUGCGUUUUUUUUUUGUUUCUUUUUUCUAAAUUUAAAAUGCAUCUAAGGUUUGUGUGUAUUGCACUUGGUUGUGGUUUAGUAUACGUUUAUUUUUAAGGUUCAAAUUUAUAACAAUUACUUGUCUUGAUCCACACAAAAAUUUGAAAUCGCAGAUACACCGGGCAUUUGCAGUCUUUAUGUAAUCAGCCCAGAACUUACUAUUUUACUUUGGUUAAAUAGAGAAAAUAGGUAAAACUUGUACCUUGCCUUGCUAUCUCAGGAUACUCCAUCAACCUAUGUCUUCCAGUGAUUUUAACAAGUUCUGGAACUAAGUAGGAAACCCUGGUGGUGUAGUGGUUAAGUGUUACAGUUGCUAACCAAAAGAUCGCCAGUUCGAAUCCACCAGGUGCUCUUUGGAAAGUCUAUGGGGCAGUUCUCUGUCUUACAGGGUUGCUAUGAAUCAGAAUGGACUCCGCAGCAAUGGGUUUCUUUUUUUGGCACUAAUUCUGUCAUGCUUUUGUAAAGGUAGCUUACCGUAGGUAACAGGUUAGAAAAUUCAUUCCAUCUUGAGUUUUAGCAAACGUGUUACUCCCACUAUCAAAGGUCUUUCUCAAAUUCUGUUUUGAACUACCGACCUACUACUAAAACUUACCUCAUGAAGAAGUAAAUAUACUAAAACCAGUUACAGUGCACUGGUUAUGGUUAGUAUAGCGCAAAAAAUCACAUAACUGAAAAUACACAAAACUAAAAAAAGCCAACUUCCCAAAGUAAAAACCACAAACAUACAAAAAAAAAAAAA